AUGGGCAAGUUAGACGUUGCUAUAAUGCGCUAUUUAACGCCAGAGGAUUUUAGAGUGUUGACUGCUAUCGAAAUGGGCAUGAAAAAUCACGAAUUAGUGCCUGGACCUAUGGCAGCUUCAAUAGCAAAUCUACAACAUGGGGGUGCCCAUAAAUUGUUGAGAGAUUUAUGUAAGCAUCGCCUUUUGAGUUAUGAAAGAGGCAAAAAAUAUGAUGGUUACAGACUAACAAACUCAGGUUACGAUUAUUUGGCUUUACAUUCCCUCACAAAACGUAAUGUAAUCGGUUCUUUUGGCAACCAAAUUGGGGUGGGAAAAGAAAGUAACAUCUACACAGUUGGAAAUGAGGAAGGUGAAGAAAUAUGUUUGAAAUUGCAUCGUUUGGGUAGAGUUUGCUUUAGGAAUGUUAAAGACAAGAGGGACUAUCAUAAACAUAGGAAGUCUGCUUCUUGGUUGUAUUUAUCGAGGAUUUCUGCUACCAAGGAGUUUGCUUACAUGAAGGCACUAUAUGAACGUAAAUUUCCUGUGCCUAAACCCUAUGAUUUCAAUAGGCAUUGUGUUGUUAUGGAGUUGAUACGUGGGAAGUUACUUAUACAUGUUAUGGAAGUGGAGAAUGUUGAAGGGUUAUAUGAUGACUUGAUGAAUCUAAUAAUGAAAUUUGCUGACUCAGGAGUAAUACACGGAGAUUUUAACGAGUUUAACAUAAUUUUAAAUGAGGAAGAAAAACCAGUAAUCAUAGAUUUUCCACAAAUGGUAUCCACUGAACAUCCAAAUGCGGAAUAUUUUUUCAACAGAGACGUAAAUUGUAUUAAAACAUUCUUCAAACGACGUUUUGACUAUGAAAGUGAAUUGUUUCCUAGUUUUUCUGAUAUUCAGAGAAGUAGUGCCAUGGAUGCAGAGGUUUUAUGUUCUGGAUUUACAAAACAAAUGGCAAAAGACAUUAAUUUGGAACUGGGCAUAGAAACUGAUGAUGAAGAGGAAGAUGAAUCAGAUGAAGAAGAUUCAAGUGAAGAAAACACAGAAACAGCUGUCAAAACAAUUGACACACCUGAAGAAACAACUGUCAAAACCACAGAAACAAUUGAAAUCUCUGAACCAACCUUACAAAACUUAAACACAACAGAUGAAAUAUUUGACAGAAUAAAAUCUUUGAAUGUGCAAGACUCAAAUUCAGAUUUUUCAGAUGAUAACUCCGUAGAUAAUUUUGAAAGUGGAAGUAUUCGAUCCACAGCCACAACAAUUCACCCAGAUGAAAUUAAAAAGAGAGUUAGGAAACAAAUAUUGGUGAGAGGGAGGAAGGAUCGUAAUAAAAAUGCAGUUGCCAAAGGUGAAGCCAGUGCUGUUACCAGAUCAAGAAGGGAAAAUAAUGAUAAUAUUAAGCAGAGUAAGGGUAUAUGGGAAUAA